AAACAAAUGCUGAAUUAUUAUAAAUUGAUUGCGAAACUUUUGUUUUGUAGUAUAUCACAUUACAACUUCAAUUUCAAAAUCAAUUAUUGGAUUAACUAUGGAUCUCUUCCCCUGCAAACUAGUAGUUUUACUUACUAUCAGUUUUUUAACAACUGACAAAGUUUUUUCUCAAGACGAUGGAUUAGAACAAUCUUCAAAAGACAAGAAAGAAAAGUCGGACAAAAAUGAUAACAAAAAACUAAAACCAAUUGACAAGUUGAUUGUACGAGUUGAGGAACUUGAAAAUAUUGUUAAGAAUCUCGAGGUUAAAUGUUCAACAAAUUGUGCAACAGAUGGAGUAACUGAUACUGAGAGCUUCCAACAACAACUUGGAUUCCUGGAAGAUAAACUUAAGGCAACAUGUAAUCAACAAUGUAUAGGGACUGGACAACAAGGGCCUAAGGGAGACAAAGGACCUCAGGGGGUACCAGGGCCCAUAGGACCUGAAGGUCCAAUAGGAAAGCAAGGAGAUAGAGGUCCAAGGGGCCCUAAAGGGGAUGACGGAAAAGAAGGCCCUAGGGGGCCUCCUGGUAAAGGUAGCUCUAUAAACCCAAUAUUUGGUGGUAAGCCUCCCAGUAAUAAGGUUGAACAAGAGGAGGUUAAAGAGAAAAAUGAGGAAAAGGAACCAGGUUGUGAGUGGACACCAUGGGGAAGAUGGACCUAUAUGCCAUGUUCCAAACCAUGUGGUAAGGGCAUACAACAAGGCACCAGGACCAGAGUACCCCUCACCCCAAAUACUUGUACAGGCCUAUUCUUUGACACUGGAAGCAAGAUUUGUAAUGCUAUAUUAUGUUGCAACUGGGCUUCUUGGGGUCCAUGGACACCCUUUUCAACCUGUAGGCAGACAUGUGGUAAUGGUGUAAAGUCAAGGACAAGGAAGAGAAUCCGAUCAUUCAGCACUUCAGGGAUCACUAAAAUAUGUUCUGGUAUAUCAACUCAAAGGGAUACAGCGAAGUGUGGGGCCCCUUGUAAAAAGAAGCCCAAGAAGUCUAAUGGGUAAUGAAGAGGACUAUACACAAUGGUACAUGGAAUAAAACAUUGUCAAGUUUAAUGUACUCUCCAUUAAUAAGUUUUUAAUAAACUUGUUUUAGAGUCAUAU